AUGUGUGAAGAUAAAGAGGAGAUGCGCAGCGAGGGAAGUGCAAGUCCGAAGAGGCUAUGCUGGUCGCGCCGCCCCCCUGCGCCGUUGCCCGACACCCGCGGCCUCUGCUGCGCCAAGCUGCUCAGGAAGAACGGGAAACCCAAAAAGGUGCUUUUGUUCCCGGAGGAAGGUUGGGCGCGGAGUGCGUCCUCCUCUUACUGGACGCUACAGCCUUGCUGGUGGAAACGAUCGCGCUGCAAAGUCGUUGAGGUGGCCGGCACUAGAAGGCACAACACGCACGCUAGUAUGGUCGUCAGUGGAGGAAACGCCGUCUACAUUAUUGGCACUUUCAAACACAUUGGAAUUGACGCAGAUUUUAAGCUAUACCUAACAACGAACGUGACCCAAGCGGACUUCAAUAUGGGCUACAUGAUGACCGGCACUCUGGAGCGCGGCUGUAGAUCCACAAAUACCUUCCAGGUCACGCACUUUGCUGUGCUACGCCGAUGUGAUCAUGAUGGCCGUCAUCUUAAGACUUCUUAAUCACUACAUACCGUGAAGUUCAGAUUUAAUGGAUGCAGUAUCAAACAGCCAUCUUGUCUAAUUUGGCUAAGGGCAUAAAUCUAUUUUUAGAAGAAAUAAUUGUGUAUCUAUGGUUUUAUGGAGCACGCAUUUCAAAUACCUUUAUUAUCGAAUCACUUAUUGCCAUAAAUAUUAAAUAGCGAGAACAUUUAAGCCAUGC